AUGGCAACAGGCAGGAAGGGGUCGACCUCGAAGGGAGGAAGCGUGCGUUUCCCUGACGACGAGGAUGCCAUGGGCUCCCCUGUUCACCGUGAGGACAAAGCCAACGAUUCGUCCAUCCCUGCUCUCCCAGAGCCUGAUGGGAACUUCCUGGUUAAGGUAGGGUUCCUGAGGAGUCUGCAUCGUUAUGAGAUCGUCUUCACCCUCCCAGAGGUGCCUGUGCUGGGGAAAGAUGUGUGCUCCCUCCCUUCCUCCUCAUCACCGACUCCCAGACCCCUCCUCAAAGUCAACCGUGUCACACCCACACCAGAGGGUGGGGUGAAGGUGACGUGUGAGUACACCACCCACCAGGAGGGGGUGCUGCAGGAGGAGCUGACCCUGAUCAGCCGGGGGAAGAAGGACCAACGUCUGCGGGUCAGGCUACAGGCCCGGGUCAUGGAUCGUCACCAUGGUACUCCUAUGCUGCUGGAGGGGGUGCGGUGUCUGGGGGCGGAGAAAGAAAAAAGGAAAUGA